CGGGAUUAACGAUGAGGCCAUACUCAACUAAUCAUUUGAAAAGCUGCUUGAGGUGACUCUUAUGCUCCUCAUCAUUUGAGCUGGCGACCAGGAAAUCAUUCAAAACUGCGGGGAAAUGGCCCUUACUGCCACCGAAAUCGCCGUCGCCUUUGCAGAGUCGGCCAUGGAGGCCAAGGAGGCCAAGGCUGAGGCCGUCCUACUGAGAGAAGAGAAAUAUAAGGCCCAACUGGAGGCAACCCGGGCUAAGGAGGAUAUGCGCGUGGCCGUGACCCGGGCUAAGGAGGAUAUGCGUGAGGCCGUGACCCGGGCUAAGGAGGAUAUGCGCGAGGCCGUGACCCGGGCCAAAAAGGACAUAGCUAAGAUCUUGAUUAGGGCGGCCGAGGACCAAGCUAUUGCCAUUAAGGCCAGAGUCGGGACAGAAAAUGCGCUUGAUGUCGCUACCGCCGUUGAUGCUGUGACCUCCGCGGCCGCCAUGGCCGCCAUAGAGUCCGAGAGGCAGGUCAGAACAGGAGAAGCAGGCACUCCUGCAGCCAAGAGGGAGGAGUGAAUUCAGCAUUAAUACGUGAAGCCCAUCCCCAUAUCUUUAAAGCCCAUUGCCUUACCUUUAAAGACCAUUCUCUAAUCAUUACAGCCCAUCCCCUAAUUUUAAAAUCACA